UUCCAUUAAGAUACCCGAGAUGUGACGAAAGCAUGAAUUACUGUUUCAAAAUGCUCUUGAGAAAGGAAAGCCUUUACUUUAGCAAGCUGCCGAAGAUGAAAGAAUCCAGGGUUAACAACAGCACCGAUUUGCCGGUCCAAUUUCACACCGCUACUUUUGACAUGAAUACCUUUCUUGCAGUCUUAUUCAAAGCCGAGCCUUGAUGAUCAAAUUUCAAAUUGCAUUCCAGUUAGAUGAAGAUUUACCUCAUGUUGUGUCCUCUGAGAAUAUUGUUUUGCCAGCUGUUGCCAGAUAAGCAAUGACCCAGUGUUUUUUUUUUUCUUUGUCUCACUAAGUUUACUUCCGUGCUUUCGUGCGUGUGGUGGUCCAGUUGUACAGAUGUACCACCUGACCCGCUGGCAGGGGAUGGGGGAGGGUUGGUCGGGGCAUAGGUGGUGCAAGUACUUCAGAAUCUGUGUCCCCCUUCACCGUGUCCACUGUCCCACAUUGGAAGUCUGCGGCGAUGUUAUUGUAGCAGCCGAAGAUUCUAUAGACGUCACACACAGGCCAUCAGGAAGAUUAUGGGGGGAUUUACAUUGAAGGCAGAGGAUUAGCGGCCCUGUCACAUAGCACAGACGAGCAUCAUAACAAAGGCAAAGUUAAAAAGCACCGUGGCGAGAGCAGCUAUGAGUCAGUUUCGGGCAUUGGCGGGCGUGCUGAGGGGUGGUGGAGGAAGUCCGUGGUGGCGAGCCGGUGGAGGGACCCUUGCCAGGUGCAGACCUCACCCUUGGAGAACAUGCUCCUCCGAGGCCACACCCUCUCAAGCGGUCACCAGUAGCUCCAACUAUGUGGAGGACAUGUACUUUGCCUGGCUGGAGGAUCAUAAUAAUGUUCAUGAGUCGUGGGACACCUUCUUCCAGAACAUGGAGAAAUCCGGCACACCUGACGAGGAGGCGGAGAGACGUCCCUCCCCUCUUCUCCAGGGCCGAGUCGCGUCCCAUUCGCCAAAUGUGACACAGAAAGUGGUGGAGGACCACCUGGCUGUGCAUACGCUCAUCAGAGCUUACCAGAUUCGAGGUCAUCACGUGGCCCAGUUGGACCCUCUGGGCAUCUUGGAUGCGGAUCUGGACUCGUUUGUUCCGUCUGACCUCAUCACCACCAUUGAUAAAUUAGGUUUCUACGGUCUGCACGAGUCCGACUUGGAUCGCAGCUUCCGUCUACCUCACACCACCUUCAUCGGCGGUGGAGAGACGACUCUUCCUCUCAGGGAGGUCAUACGUCGACUUGAGGCAUCCUACUGCGGUCACGUGGGGGUGGAAUUCAUGUUCAUCAACAACGUGGAGCAGUGCCAGUGGAUCCGUCAGAAGUUCGAGACUCCCGGAAUCAUGCGCUUCACCAAUGCCGAGAAGAGAACGCUGCUGGCUCGCCUGAUCAGAUCAACGCGGUUUGAGGACUUCCUGGCCAGGAAGUGGUCGUCUGAGAAACGCUUUGGACUGGAAGGUUGCGAAGUCCUCAUCCCGGCACUUAAGACCAUCAUUGACAGCUCCAGCGCCGCCGGCAUAGACAGCGUGAUCAUGGGGAUGCCGCAUCGGGGUCGACUUAACGUCUUGGCCAAUGUGAUCCGCAAAGACUUGAACCAGAUCUUCUGUCAGUUCGACCCCAAAUUAGAGGCUGCGGAUGAAGGUUCCGGAGACGUCAAAUACCACCUCGGGAUGUACCACGAGAGAAUAAAUCGGGGGACGGACAAGAAUAUCACUCUGUCCCUCAUGGCCAACCCCUCCCACUUGGAGGCGGUGGAUCCAGUAGUCCAGGGCAAGGCCAAAGCGGAGCAGUUCUACAGAGGAGACGCGUUUGGCAAAAAAGUGAUGUCCAUCUUGAUGCACGGAGACGCCGCUUUCGCCGGCCAAGGUGUCGUAUAUGAAACGUUCCACCUCAGCGAACUCCCCUCUUACACCACACAUGGUACCAUCCAUGUGGUGGUCAACAAUCAGAUCGGCUUCACGACCGACCCCCGGAUGGCCCGCUCCUCCCCUUACCCCACCGACGUGGCUCGAGUGGUCAACGCUCCCAUCUUCCACGUCAACGCCGACGACCCCGAAGCCGUCAUGUACGUGUGCCGCGUGGCCGCCGAGUGGAGGAAUGCCUUCAACAAGGAUGUCGUCAUUGACCUGGCCUGUUACAGGCGCUUUGGCCACAAUGAAAUGGAUGAGCCGUUAUUCACCCAGCCGCUGAUGUACAAGCAGAUCCGGCGUCAGGAGCACGUGCUGAAGAAGUACUCUGACAAGCUCAUUGGCGACGGAGUGGUGACGCUGCAGGAAUAUGAGGAGGAAGUGGCCAAAUACGACAAGAUAUGCGAGGAGGCGUACGGCAGCUCCAAGGAUGAGAAAAUCUCACAAAUACGACACUGGCUGGACUCACCCUGGCCAAAAUUCUUCACAGCAGAAGGAGAACCUAAGACCAUGAGUUGCCCCCCCACAGGACUGGAUGAGGAGGUCCUGCAGCAUAUCGGCCAGACCGCCAGCUCUGUGCCUUUGGAAGAUUUUAACAUUCAUCCUGGUUUGUCUCGUAUCCUGCGUAGCCGGGCAGACUUGGUGAGGAACGGCCAGUUGGACUGGGCCUUGGGAGAGUACAUGGCCUUCGGGUCGCUUCUCAAAGACGGCGUCCACGUGCGACUCAGCGGGCAAGACGUCGAAAGGGGAACGUUCAGUCACCGUCAUCAUGUUCUCCAUGACCAAGAGGUGGACAAACGAAUCUGUGUCCCCAUGAACCACCUGUGGGCCGACCAGGCGCCCUACACCGUCUGCAACAGCUCCUUGUCCGAGUACGGCGUGCUCGGGUUCGAACUCGGCUUCGCCAUGGCCAGUCCCAACGCCCUGGUCCUGUGGGAGGCGCAGUUUGGAGACUUCCACAACACGGCCCAGUGCAUCAUCGACCAGUUCAUCAGCUCGGGGCAGGCCAAGUGGGUCCGCCACAACGGCAUUGUCCUGCUCCUCCCUCACGGGAUGGAGGGAAUGGGUCCAGAACAUUCCUCAGCACGACCUGAGCGCUUCCUGCAAAUGAGCAAAGAUGACCCGGAUCACUUUCCUGAGUUUGCUGGAGAUUUUGAAGUGCAGCAGCUGUACGAGUGCAACUGGAUCGUGGUUAACUGCUCCACGCCUGCUAACUACUGUCAUGUGCUCAGACGGCAGAUUCUGCUGCCGUUCAGGAAGCCGCUGAUUAUAUUCACUCCUAAAUCUCUGCUGAGGCACACCGAUGCCAGGUCCAGUUUUAAUGACCUCGCCAAAGGCACUAAAUUUAAGAGGCUUAUUCCAGACGAAGGCCCGGCGAGUCAAAAUCCAGAUGGGGUGAGAAGGUUGAUCUUCUGCACCGGAAAAGUCUACUACGAACUGACCAAAGAGAGAAAGCGGCAAAACUUGGAGAAAGACGUCGCCAUCGUCAGACUGGAGCAGAUCUCUCCAUUCCCCUUCGACCUGGUCCGAGCGGAGGUGGAGAAACACGAGAGCGCCGAGCUGGUCUGGUGUCAGGAGGAGCACAAAAACACGGGCUACUACAACUACGUCCGGCCUCGCUUACUCACCGUGGUGGCCAGCAAGAGGCCCGUCUGGUAUGCCGGGCGGGACCCCGCCGCCGCGCCCGCGACGGGGAACAAGUCGACCCACCUGAACGAGCUGAAAAAGUUCAUGGACGCGGCUUUUGACCUGAGCGCCUUCCAGGAGAGGAAAGCUUGAACUGGACGGAAGGUGCGCGUUUAAUUUUAUUAUUAAGUGUUGAAAAUGGACCUGACACUCUUCACUGUAGAAGUGGAAGUUUUUUAUUAUUAUUUUUUGUUAAUGAUGACAGUCUUGGAACAUAUUUUUUCUAUUUGAGGUUUAGAAUCGUUUUGAUGAUAAAUUCCAAUUGAUCAUAUACGCAGUCGCUUCUCGGAACCCCGACGCAAUCAGUUCCAGGAAGUGGUUUGACAGUUGAUGUGUUUGGAUUUUGAAUUGGUUCAUUUUCCCCACGUUUGGAAGUGCUGUCGUGACGUUCUGCUCAUUCUUGGACU